CUCUCUCUCUUCCCCGCAAAUCUGGAAUGCCUGUCCGAACAAGUAUCAUCAGUCACCUCUAUCUCUCUCUAUGUGAAGCAAGCUGAAACCUUUCUUCAUCGCCAUGAACUCGAGAGCCUUCCUCUGCUCCUUCUCGCCGCACCCUGAUUCCCUCCUCAAGCAAAGGACUUCACUCGGUCCGCCGCCGCCGCCGCCACCGCCGAGGAAAGGCUUCGCGUCAGCGACUCGGUUCCAGUGCCGGGUCCGAUUGAUCUCGGGGGGGCGAUGCUGCACGUUCCGGGUCUCGGCCCGAAACCCUGGCUUGAAGUCGGAGCAGUACGAAAUCUCGGAGGUGCAAGAGUCGGCGAAGUUCAAGAACGGCCAAGACGAGGAGGACGGGGGUAUCGUUCCUUGGUGGGAAGAGUUCCCCAAGAGAUGGGUCAUCGUGAUCCUCUGUUUCUCGGCCUUCUUGCUCUGCAACAUGGACCGAGUAAACAUGAGUAUUGCUAUACUUCCCAUGUCUGCAGAAAACAACUGGAACCCAACCACUGUUGGUUUGAUACAGUCUUCCUUUUUCUGGGGCUAUCUCCUCACCCAGAUUGCCGGCGGCAUUUGGGCCGACACUGUGGGUGGGAAACUUGUCUUGGGAUUUGGGGUAGUUUGGUGGUCCAUCGCAACAGCUCUCACUCCAGUCGCUGCUAAACUUGGGCUUCCUUUCCUGCUUGUCGUCCGUGCCUUUAUGGGAAUUGGCGAAGGUGUCGCUAUGCCUGCAAUGAAUAAUAUCUUGUCGAAGUGGGUUCCCGUAUCAGAGAGAAGUAGAUCACUGGCACUGGUCUACAGUGGCAUGUAUCUAGGAUCAGUCACUGGCUUCGCCUUUUCGCCUUUUUUGAUACAUCAGUUUGGCUGGCCAUCAGUCUUCUAUUCUUUCGGUUCUCUGGGAACAUUAUGGUUCGCAACCUGGCUAAAUAAGGCAUACAGUUCACCUCUCGAUGAUCCUCAGCUGCGGCCUGAAGAGAAAAAGCUGAUUUUAACCAACAGCAUUCCAAGAGAACCUGUGACUACGAUACCAUGGGGUUUAAUACUGUCGAAACCACCUGUAUGGGCCCUCAUAGUGUGUCAUUUCUGUCACAACUGGGGGACAUUUAUUCUUCUCACGUGGAUGCCGACAUACUAUAAUCAGGUGCUAAAGUUCAAUCUCACAGAAUCGGGGCUUUUAUGUGUAUUACCUUGGCUUACAAUGGCGUUUUCUGCUAAUCUUGGAGGUUGGAUUGCGGACACUCUUGUCAGCAAUGGCUUAUCUGUGACUACAGUUCGCAAGAUCAUGCAGUCAAUUGGAUUUCUUGGACCUGCUUUUUUUCUUACCCAGUUGAGCCAUGUUGACUCUCCUGCAAUGGCUGUUUUAUGCAUGGCCUGCAGUCAGGGAACUGAUGCAUUCUCGCAAUCUGGUCUGUACUCGAAUCAUCAGGACAUUGCUCCCCGCUACUCCGGAGUACUGCUUGGUUUAUCCAAUACUGCUGGCGUGUUGGCCGGUGUUUUCGGGACAGCUGCGACGGGCUACAUCUUGCAACAUGGGAGUUGGGACGAUGUUUUCAAGGUCUCAGUUGGGCUUUACUUAACCGGAACCGUCGUGUGGAAUCUUUUCUCAUCAGGCGAGAAGAUUUUGGACUGAUCGGUCGGCUAUUCGAUCAUCGACUGGCGACGCACCAAUCAUCCUGCAUCUGAUCAGUAAAGAGAGACUUGGAUAAGGAGCAAGAGAAACCGAUGAGACCGGAAAAGGCGGGACGGUAGCGUGGUGGUUGAUGCAAUGUCUUUGCUGAAGCCUGAAGAACUUGGUAAAAGCAUUUGAGAGACCAAAACGAUGGAGCCUGGGACCAGAACUUCGCUAAAAAUUGCUGGCUUACGUGCCUUGUCCUAUCGUUCAUUUGACUUUGCCAUGGCAUUACACGAGCGUAGGAGGAAGAAUAACAUGAGAUUGUCCCGAUACAAACUUCAUGAAUUUAACGUUGUAUAUACGAACAUCAAUUUUUGUAUGUCAGUAAAUUUAACGUUGUAUACAAA